UCUCGAACUUGUUUCUGGUUCAUCUCUCAAAACCAAUAUCGCUUUAACAAAAAUAAGUUAUCAAAACCUCCAAAAAUUCAAUGGCUGAUCGGAUUAAAGGUCCAUGGAGUCCUGAAGAAGACGAGCAGCUUCGUAGGCUUGUUGUUAAAUACGGUCCCAGAAACUGGACGGUGAUCAGCAAAUCUAUUCCCGGUAGAUCGGGGAAAUCGUGUCGGUUACGGUGGUGUAACCAGCUUUCGCCGCAGGUUGAGCACCGGCCGUUUUCGGCGGAGGAAGACGAGACGAUCGCACGUGCUCACGCUCAGUUCGGUAAUAAAUGGGCGACGAUUGCUCGUCUUCUCAACGGUCGUACGGACAACGCCGUCAAGAAUCACUGGAACUCGACGCUCAAGAGGAAAUGCGACCAUCGGGGCUUCGAUGGUUCGGAGGAUCAUCGCCCGGUUAAAAGAUCGGUGAGUGCUGGAUCUCCUCCUGUUGUUAGUGGGCCUUAUAUGAGCCCAGGAAGCCCUACUGGAUCUGACGUUAGUGAUUCAAGUACAAUUCCGAUUUUGCCUGCGGUUGAGCUUUUUAAGCCUGUGCCUCGACCUGGUGCGGUUGUGUUACCGCUUCCAAUCGAAACAACGUCGUCGUCCGAUGGUCCACCGACUUCGCUAAGCUUGUCACUUCCUGGUUCUGACGCCAGCGAGGAGUCAAACCGUAGCCACGAGUCAACAAAUAGCAACACUUCGAGCCGCCACAACAAGAACAAUACUUUGUCGUUUUUGCCUUUUAGUGGUGGAUUUAGAGGUGCGAUCGAAGAUAUGGGGAGAUCUUUUCCCGGUAACGGCGGAGAGUUCAUGGCGGUGGUGCAGGAGAUGAUUAAGGCGGAGGUGAGGAGUUACAUGGCGGAGAUGCAGAGAAAAAAUGGUAGUGGAUUCGUUGGAGGAUUCAAUAAUACUGGAAUGAUACCGAUGAGUCAAAUUGGAGUUGGGAGAAUCGAGUAGACAUGUUUGAGAUUUUUUUAGGUAAAUGUUCAAAAUCGUCAUGGAUGAUAAGUGGAGAAGAAAAAAAAAUGCUCUGUUUUUUUCUCCUUUGGAUUAGGCAUAAGAAUUUUGGGUUUUAAGAAAAUGUA